CACUAUUAGCAUCAUCCCGGAACCGGAGGAAAAUAUUUCCUUGACACUGACUAGUCAGCUAAUCAUCGCACGAAUUAAUUUGAAAAAUAUCCAGGGUUUGAGGAGACAUGGGGGGAGCACAGAGCAUCGAGAUACCUGGUGGAGGAUCCGAAGGUUAUCACGUCCUCAGAGUACAGGAAAAUUCCCCAGGUCACCUUGCAGGAUUGGAACCAUUCUUUGACUUUAUUAUUUCCAUCAGUGGCACAAGAUUGGACAAAGACAAUGACACAUUAAAGGACUUGCUGAAGGUGAAUGUGGAGAAACCCAUCAAGAUGCUGGUAUACAGCAGCAAGACACUGGAAUUGAGGGAGACAACAGUCACUCCCAGCAACAUGUGGGGAGGGCAGGGGCUUCUGGGAGUCAGCAUCAGAUUCUGCAGCUUUGAAGGAGCCAAUGAGAAUGUGUGGCAUGUUUUGGAAGUGGAGCCAAAUUCCCCCGCAGCACUGGCUGGUUUGAGGCCAUACACGGACUACAUCAUAGGUGCAGACACUGUCAUGAACGAGUGUUUUGAGUUUUUUCCCCAACAGUCUGAAGAUCUCUUCUCCCUAAUUGAAACGCAUGAUGGGAAAGGGCUGAAGUUGUAUGUGUAUAACACUGACACAGACAACUGUCACGAAGUGGUCAUCACUCCAAACUCUGAAUGGGGUGGAGAGGGCAGUCUAGGUUGUGGGAUUGGUUAUGGCUACCUGCACAGGAUACCCACUCAGGCAUUUGAAGAGGGGAAGAAAUUCAGUUUCCCUGGACAGAUUCCAAGUGAACCAGUUUUGCCACUCAAGGACGGUUUCACUGAGGUUCAACUCUCUGCUGUCAGUACAUCACCUGCAGUGCCUUCUACUGGGUUGGAACAAGUUCUCUCUGACCUGUCAAUCAGCUCAGCUCCUCCCACUGUCCCAAGCAAUCUACAAACAGGAGUACCUACUGUGCCACUUUUGCCUAGCCAAGUCAGUCCCAAACUUAACACGUUACCUCCAGUCAUUCCUGCUGUCACGUUACCAGGUCUACCGUCGAUACCUGAAGGCAUGCCUCCUCUUCCCAACCUGGCCAAUUUUAAUUUCCCUUUACCGGACUUUAACACUGUAUCGUUACCAGGUAUUGGAGGGAUGCCACCAACAGGUUUUCCUCCGUUGGCGCCUCUUCCUCCCCUGAACCUGUCCUUGCUGAACUCCCAUCUGCCCCUGGUCCCAGGGGUCACUUUGCCUCCAUCUGAUUUCACUCUUCCACCUGUCUCCACAAACGUCAAGGUCUCUUAUGAGCAGCAGACACCCGCCCUGCUCUUGAAUGCAAACUCCUCCUCCAGCACCCCAGUGGUCGGUGGUACAUUGACAGAAAGACUUCUCCCAACACCAUUGUCCUCCUUCGAACCAACAAAAUCACCCGUGGCCUCAGAGACUUCCUAGCGGAGAACUGUUUACCGAUGAGCUCUACUGAAUUUAAAACUCUACAAGGAAUAACCUGAGAACGCUCACUGUUGUACCGCAGAAACCACAGCUGCAUCUCUCAUUCUCCAACCGCUUCCAGAAGUGUGUCCAUGCACACUUCCUAUCCUGGAUUUAAGGACACUGGAUGGGAUGAGUCAUUGUUAUGGUCUGUUACUAGAGACGUUUCCACCUUUUAUAUCCACGAUUGGGUGUCAGUGCGCACUUUGAGAGCAGCGUGGAGAAUCGGGAUGCAGCUAUGGAUCUUGAAUUAACUUUGAGGGCCCUCGGAUGGAUGGAUGGGUGGUCAGAAGUGUGGUAAUUGUUGUGAGAGAAUGCAGUAUCGAUUUACUAAAAGAUGCCUUUUUUAUUUUUGUUGUACAGUAAUGUACUAACACUGAAUAUGAAUUAAAUGGUCUGUAAUUCAA